GGCCAGCAGCCAGCGAGGUCCCCCCAGGCGGCCAUGCUAAAUGGGGAGACGAGCUCCUCAGCAGCCAGGAAUGUGGUCCGCAGCUCCAGCAUCAGUGGAGAAAUGUACAACCUAGAGAAGACUAAUGGUGGCAGUUCUGAUUCGGCAAGCCUCUCUUCCACUAAAAAGCGGCGAUCCAGCCUGGGGGCCAAGAUGGUGGCUAUUGUGGGGCUGUCACAGUGGAGCAAGAGCACAAUGCAGCUGAACCAUCCUGAUGGUGGCCUAAAGAAACUCCGAAGUAACAUUCGUCGCAGCACCGAGACGGGGAUUGCUGUGGAGAUGAGGAACAGGGUCACCCGUCAAGGCAGUCGGGAGUCAACCGAUGGAAGCACUAACAGCAACAGCUCCGAUGGCACAUUUAUCUUCCCCACAACCAAGCUGGGAGUUGAAAGCCAGUUCAGCGACUUCCUAGAUGGUCUUGGGCCAGCGCAAAUUGUAGGGCGGCAGACACUGGCGACUCCACCGAUGGGUGAUGUCUAUGUUGGGAUGGUUGACCGGAAUGGACAGCUAGAGGUGGAAGUGAUAGAAGCCCGAGGCCUCAUGCCAAAACUAGGAUCCAAGUCUGUUCCUGCCACGUACGUUAAAGUGUAUCUGCUGGAAAAUGGGGCUUGUUUGGCCAAGAAGAAAACGAAGACUGUCAAGAAGAACUGUGACCCACUCUACCAGCAGGCCCUCCUGUUUGACGAGGGCCCUCAGGGUAAAAUGCUACAGGUGAUUGUCUGGGGAGAUUAUGGCCGCAUGGACCAUAAGUGCUUCAUGGGAAUGGCUCAGAUCGUCCUAGAUGAGCUCGACCUGUCCAAUGUAGUGACAGGUUGGUAUAAGCUCUUUCCCACUUCCUCGUUGGCAGACUCCACUAUUGGACCCCUUACUCGGCGCCUGUCUCAGUCUUCACUGGAGAGCUCCAUAAGCCCGUCUGGUCCUUAAAGAAGAAAACACAACAACGGAGAAUGCCUUGCUCUACCACAGCUUCCGGGAGCACGGUCUGUAAAUAUUCCGCAUCUUUUCCUCCCGUCGUCCUUUCUUCCCCUCCUCCAAGAAGAGAAAAUCGUUCCAGUGAUUUUAGACCUGUCUGCCCCUCCCUCGCUGGGUGCGCAAAGUAGGGGAAAUCCAAAAGGUGGUGGGGGAGGAACUGAAAGGGGGAAGAAAAGGAACGUGUAUUAUGAAAAAUGGUAGGACGGCCCGUUUCAAGACUGCUACAUCACCUCAAAGUAAAUGGCCUUUGAGAAGGAGUAAACCGUUUCCCAUCUUUGAAACAUCUCAGACAGCAUCUCAACAGUCAAUUCCACUUCA